GCAUCAACUUGAAACUGCGAUAAAUGAAUAUAAGAAAUCAGUCUUUUGCAAACGGAUGUGCGAAUAUAUACAAUAUAUUCAUUGCUGAAGAAAUUUAAACAAUUUUCAUAAUUUCAAAGGAACCAAUUAUAACUUUUCCCCUCAAAAAGUGUUUUUCUUUACAUGUUUAUUUAACAAUAAGCAGUAAAAUAAUUAAUUGAAACAUACAUCUUUUCUAACAAUGAAAGUGGAAUGUGUGAUUAUUUUAAUAUGUCAGUGUCUGAAAGUGCAUGCAAGUUUGUCUCCUCCAGAAAAAACAUUCGAGCCAGGGGUCAACGACACUGAAAUACUAAAAAGGGCGUUCGGAGGAAGUUUCACAUAUACCGAAAUAGAAAAAAUACACACAGAAAUGUUGGAUGAUAUGAAAUUACGUUCGCAUUGGCCGUUUCAUUACGCCGCAAAAUCGGGUGAUAUGACUACGGUUGAAGAUUAUAUCAAUCGUGGAUAUAAUAUUAGCUCAGAAAAUGAAGAUAAACAAACGGUGCUUUUUUAUGCUGCGAAAUAUGGUAAGAAGGAGAUGGUCGAAUUUCUCAUCUAUCAUAGGGCUAGUGUUAAUGCAGAAGAUAACGAUAAACAAACGCCGCUACAUGUAGCUGCACUAUGGGGUCGGAAAGAUGUGGUCGAACUUCUAAUCAAUCAUGGGGCCAGUGUUAAUGCAAAAGAUAUAGAUGAACAAACUCCGCUCCAUUUAUCUGCACAAUGGGGUCAGAAGGAUGUGGUCGAACUUCUCAUCAAUCAUGGGGCUAGUGUUAAUGCAGAAGAUAAAGAUAAACGAACGUCGCUACAUGUAGCUGCAGUGUGGGGUCAGAAGGAUGUGGUCGAACUUCUCAUCAAUCAUGGGGCUAGUGUUAAUGCAGAAGAUAUACGUAAACUAAAACCGGUCCAUUUAGCCGUAAAAAAUGGAAAUAAGGAUGAGAUCGAACUUCUCAUCAAUCAUGGGGCUAAUAUUAAUGCGACAGAUAAAGAUAAGCAAACGCCGCUCCAUUACGCUGUAGUAUAUGAUAAGAAGGAUUUGGCUGAACUUCUCAUCAAUCGUGGGGCUAAUAUUAAUGCAGAGGAUAAAAAUAAACGAACUCCUCUACAUGUAGCUGCACAAAGAGAUAAUAAGGAUUUGGCCAAUUUUAUCAUCCUUUCUGGGGCUAAUAUUAAUGCAGGCGAUAAAGAUAUACGAACGCCGCUCCAUGUAGCUGCACAAAAGGGUUGGAAGGAUUUGGCUGACCUUCUCAUCAAACAUAAUGCUAGUGUUGAUGCAGAAGAUAUAGAUAAACAGACUCCGCUCCAUUUAGCUGCAGAAUUUGAUAAAAAAGAUAUUGCUGAGCUUCUCAUCAGUCAUGGGGCUAGUGUUAAUGCAGAAAAUAAAGAUGACCGAUUGCCUCUACAUUUAGCUUGCCAAUUUAGUAGUAUAAGCGUGGCCGAAAUUCUCAUCAGUCAUAAGGCUAAUGUUAAUGCAGUUGAUAAAAAUAAAUUAACGCCACUCCACUUCGCUGCCCAAAAUAGCAGUGUGGCUGUAAGUGAGCUUCUCAUCGAAAAUAGGGCUAACGUUGUGGCUGAAUCAUCUUUCAAAUGGACACCGCUCCAUUUUGCAGCAAAAAAUGGUAAAACCGAAGUAGCUAUAAUUUUGAUUUGGAAUGGGGCCCAAGUUGAUGCAAAAACUACUAAUGGAAGUACACCACUGGAUUUAGCUACUAAAAAUGUUACAAGGGCUUCACUUAAACUACACAUGGACAAAUAUUGUUCGAAGAUUGGCAAAUCGCUGGAUAACUUCUUACAGGAAAUAAUUCCACUUUCAAUUGGAAUGCUAAUAGCAGCCGGGUGUAUUGUGAUAAUUAUUGUUGUGAUCAUUCUCAAUUCUUUUCUACGUGAACGAAAGAGGCGCAUUAACUUGGCAAAACUUCUUCAUGGAAAUCUAAAGAGUAUUGACCGAAGUCGUGCUCUGAAUGAUCAAGCCCAUCUUUUGCCAUAUAAGGAAGAGUUUAAAUUUUCCAGAAAAAAUCUCAAAUUCAAAAAUAAAAUUGGGACCGGUGCUUUUGGUAUAGUCUACGAAGGACUUGCACGUGGAGUCUUAUAUCAUGAGGAGGAAACCAAAGUUGCCAUCAAGAUGGUCAAUGAUAUGUCCGAUGACGAAGCAUUGAAAGAUUUAGUGUCUGAGAUGAAAAUUAUGAUGUAUUUAGGUAAGGAUUUAAAUGUGGUGAAUUUACUUGGAGCUGUUACCGAGAAUAUUGAACAAAAUGAAGUGAUGAUUAUUGUUGAAUACUGUGAUUACGGCAAUAUUCGGGAUCUAUUGAAGAGUAAUCACAAAAGUUUCAUCAAUCAAGUUGAUUAUGAAAAUGAUUCCAUUGAUUCAACUAUAACGAAUGAAAACUCAACUGAACACGAAAAUGAUCAACAACAAUUCGAAGAAGAUAAACAAUCAAUUGACUCAACAAUGGACUCAGAUUCAGGCGAAUUGGAAAAAGUUCCAUUGAAAUGGUUGGCAUUGGAGUCGCUAAUUGAACCAAUAUACACUGUAUAUUCUGAUGUCUGGUCUUUUGGCAUUGUUUUAUGGGAGCUAUUUUCACUCGGAGCAGAACCAUAUCCUGGAAUAGUAGCGAAUACUUUUGACGAGCUAAAAACACAUUUACAAGACGGACACAGAAUGAGCAAACCAGAUUAUGCCACACACUCUAUAUACGAUGUUAUGUACUCAUGUUGGAACAUUGACCCCAAUUCGCGUCCAUUAUUUGAUCGUCUUGCAAAGACAUUUUCUGAUCUUAUGAAACCUGAUGAUCUAGAGGAAUUUAACCAUUUAAAUAAAACGUUUGAGAAUUCAAUUGCUCAAAAAUAUAAAUCUGAGGAAAAUGAGGAAAAUGAGGAAAACGACGAAAGUCCACAGUCAUGCUUAUGCUGUACUUCUCGCUUUUUUAGAUCACAUAAAAAUCUAAAUGAAAGCACCGAAUGUUUGGUGAAUAUAACAUUGCUGCCAAUCGAUAAUGCAAAUUAAAAAAAAAUACAAAGAAAACAAUGUUCAAGUAUCUACAACUAUCAAUAAUACUAUUUCCUUUUGCUGCGACUUAAAUUUUCAAUAAAUGGCUUCAGUUGUGAAAGGAAGGAGAAGAUUCAGCAAGAUGGUGAA